AAUUUGGUUAUAAAAAAUAAUAUUACACAUGGUUUUAGAAAUUACCUACAAUUUAAAAUACUAUUAAAUACCUACUUUCUAUUUAUAUCUAUGUUUUGAAAAAGAAGACGCGUCGAAAAUUAAUUCGCAAAGAGCGCGCAUGUCGGAUGCGCCACCGACGAUGUAUUUGCGCCGUUCGUAUCUCAGCCCGACUUCGCUGUAAAACACUUGAGGAGCUGCUCUAUUGUCUCGUGGCCCUUUUAUGAGCUCCGUUUUGUAAAGUUAUUGUUUGCGGUCGAUAAAUAUCUCUCCACUAGGUAGAAUGGACUUAAUGAACAAAAACCUAUUGAAGCUGAGUAUAGAUUUGUCGGCGAACGCUGAGUGUCUGUUCAAACAAGAUGCGAGACUGGUUGCGGCGAUUGACAGUCUAUUUUACAAGGAUAUUACGAAACCUGUAGUAGAGAAGGUAUUACUACCUGAAAGAAAGCUACAGUUUUCUGAAGUGCAAUCCCUUCUCAAUCAGACUACGGAAAAUGAUGAUAUUUUGAAAAAUGAAAAACAAAACAAUAAAAAAAGUAUAUUGAAAAAGAUUGAAGAUAUACUGGAAUCUAUAAACAGGUCUGCAGAGAACGGUGAUAAUCCGAAGUUGAUAAUUAGAAACCAGAGAAUAUGGAGCAAUUGUAUUUACGAUCUGGACAGGGUAACACUGAAAUCAUUGUCUACUGCGAAAAAUACUGUCGUAAGAUAUUCUAGGGGUGAAGACAGUUCAAGGUUUAACACAAUAGUUUUUGUAUUGACCAGGGUGCAUGAUCUUCUAAUGAAAAAUCUUACCGUUACUAGAAGAGAGAUGUAUUACCAAAACGUAACAAGAUUUCGAAAGCAAGUAGACCUCGAUAUAGGAGUAAGGGACGUGUGUUGUUUGCUUGAAACUCCACCCUGGGAGCUUGGGGUGGUCGCAACAGCCAAGGGACUGGUCGCAGGGCCUCUGCAAAUACUUACACGCGACGGAACUGUUAUUGACUGCAUGACGUCGGGAGGUACUUUAAUACCUCAAGAUAUCAACGGCAUAAGGGAGUUCAAAUCAUCAGCGAAAUACAUCUUAGUAGUUGAGAAGGACGCAGUAUUUCAGAAGUUAUUAGACGAAGGAGCUCCUAUAAGACUACGACCAGUUAUAAUCAUUACAGGUAAAGGAUACCCCGAUGUCUGCACCCGUCAGCUCCUAUGUCGACUUGUUGCGGACCUUCGACUGAAGCCCUUGGCUCUGGUUGACGCUGAUCCACAUGGAUAUGAAAUAUUUCUAACUUACAAAUACGGUUCCUUGGCACAAUCUCAUCUGUCACUUUCGUUGGCGUGUCCAAAAUUAUCACUUCUGGGUGCCAGACACGAUGACGUCAUGACUCUAACAUCUAAGGACUCCAGAAUGUCGUUGACCAAUACAGACAAACGUAAACUUAAAUCUCUAAUGAAUCGACCAUAUUUAAGCUCUGUUAUUGGAAGUCGAAUAAAGGAAGAAUUGAAUGCGAUGUUACUGAGUGGCGUGAAAGCGGAAAUAGAAUCGUUAGCAAGCACAGCCGCCGCACUUUGUGAUUCGUAUCUACCCUCAAAGAUUAUCCAAGGAGAUUUCCUUGGCUAGAGACGUGAUAGCAGUCAUUUUGACAGUGUUUAGUUACUUGUGACAAAUUAUACUCAAUAUUGUUGUC